CUUACUAAACCUGAAACAGGACUGUACCCAACUAAGAACAAACGUCUGCUAUGUCGAAAGAAAUCCGCACGACUAUGACCAACAUGAAGAUGUUACUGCUGGUAGUUAUGUCCUGUUGUGUAGGUAGCAGCACAGGAAGUACAAAUUUCCGAGAGAAAAGAUCUGAUGAUACAACCAUAGCAGCACUGGAGGCUAUUGUGCAGCAACAAGGAGCACAGAUUCAGACACUGCAGGCAAAGCUGACUGCCCUUGAAUACCGGUUACCAUCAACCUUUACCCCAGUGGCCUUUACAGUCGGGUUCUCUCAUGAUGAUCAGGAUAAAGGAAUUGCAAUGGGACCACUGCAAAUACUGAAAUUUGACAAUGUGCUGACCAACAUGGGUGCAGGUUAUGAUGAGACGACAGGUAUUUUCACAGCCCCAGUCUCUGGUACCUAUGGGUUCUACCUGUCCGUCAUGGCACCCAAUGCACAUGGAUAUACACGCAUAUCAAUUGUCAAAGCUGGGUCUAUCUUGAACGGUGUCUUUGGUGAAGGCAAGACUGAUAUAUACGACCAAGGUUCAACCCAAGUGACAACCCACCUGCAAUCAGGUCAGAAGGUGUGGGUUCAACAAUAUGAAGGUGAUGCCGUGAGAGGUAGCUGGUAUACAAUUUUCACAGGCUUCAUGAUACAGGCUGACUGAUUGUGCCAUCUGACUGAUUGUUUUUUUAUAUUAUCAUCUUAACUAGUAACCAAAUGAAUAAGACGAAAGUGUGCAGCUGUACGAAAGUCUGCUCAGACUUUUUCUCAUACCCCCACCACAACCACUCCCGCAACACAAAAAAUAAAAUGAAAUGCGAACUUACGAAAAUAAGGCCGAAAUGUUCCCAAAGUCAAGAAUGGUAAAGUAUUGCUAUCCUGAAUGACAUGGUUUACUUAAUGUGAUCAUUUCUGUUUACCAUGCACAUAUAUGCAUGUGCAUGUACAUAAACACAUAUCAAGAUUUCUUUUUUACCACAUUUUACCCAGAAAAACUGUGCCUGAAACUGGUGCAUUACUUUCCUAUAAUACAAAUCAUUUUCAUUAGCUCAGUAGUUAUGAAACUUCUUAUUAGACACUGCACUAUAGAGAAUUUUUGUAAUAUUUAGCAUUGGUAUGAUUCACACAUAGGUAAAAUGGUUCCUCCUGCUCACUUUCAAAUUCUUUUCCCCCUUUAAAAGUCAGAAUAAAGAAAAUUUUUUGCAAGAGACAUAAGAUGGAAAUAUUUUAUCAGUAUUGUCGAUGUUUAUUUUGCAGGUAAAAAAAUACACAAUGCAAUGUUUUAUGAGGAAGUAAAUGUACAUGGUAGGAUAUACAAAGAUCAGUUUUAUCUUUGCUGAAGGUCCGUCUGACCUUCAGGAGUGAGGAUCCACUCAGGUGGGUCCCACAACACGAACUGAUAAGAGUCCCCAGUACCUUAACAGAUGCAGGUGAUAUCAUCCUGCAGUGUUUAUUCCUUGUUAUUCCUUGUUCCUAACCCUCUUGAGGGGCAUAGGGCCACAAAGCCUGCAGUGUACCAGACCAAAUCUUUCCUAGUAAUUUCUUACUUCUCCAAUUUCACCUAAAAUUUGUGCACCAGAUAGCAUUACCCAGACUGAGUUAUCACAGUUAUGCUGCAAUGUUAGAAAAUAUUUACAUUCUUAUUGGAUAAUCAUGCCUAUUGGCAAAUCAUGUUUGUUGUGCUUUGCAUUAUGGGGUAAUAUGAGCUAAAUUGUGAGAAAAACUGAAUAAAGACUUUUUAUGUCGUAUAUCUGU